UUUAUCAGCCUAUGCAAUGAAAUUUUCAAUUGUUGCAAUGUGAUUCACUGUUGAUGACCAAACUCGAUUUAAUGACUUCUUUUAAUUUACGAUUGAAAACGCUGAGUAGAGUGCGCCAAAUACGACCAAAAGAUCCAGAGAAAAAACUGUCCUGUUGCACGUUUCGCAAAAUCAUGCUUCAUGAUUAGAGAAUUUCGCAGGGAGAAGAUUGGAGCAGCGGCAGUGCGGGGUCGCGCGCUGUCCGCGGUGCUGAACUCUCUGAGGCGACCUACUGAAGAUGAAACGCUCCUCUGUUCUCAUUCCUCUCCGCACUCAACUUAGUCUCAGACGAUGCUUUUCUGUCUGCUCUGGCGGUGCGAGCCUCUCCAAUGUAGAUAAACUUACUUUCGCUCUGGGGAAACGUAAUGCCAUCGAAUCUAAUCUCGUUUAUUAACUUGACAUCAAAUUGUUUUCUCGGCGGAGGUGCCGAACACCAAAUGGCGUUAUACUGUUUUACCUGCAGUAUUUGGGAGUUGAUUUAAAUGUCGCGGAUGACUAGAUGAUCACGAGAAGGAAGUGUACAUAUGUUUUGGAUCUUUUCCCCUUCCUUUUGAGGUCUCUAAAUGAUCGGGGGAAUCAUUAUUGCGUUUCUGGAUAUGUCAUUUCUGAAGUGGACAUGAUCAGCAUUCAUUUGUAAAUAAUAGAGACAUUCGGAUUAUCUGUUGUAUUGGAGUAAGCACAUUUUUUUUUUUUUUUUUUUUUGCACCAACCCGAAUUGGAAUGAUUUUUUUGGAGUUUAUCAUCAUGAAGGUGUACUUGUUCGUUUGAUUACGAUUCCAACAAAGUGGAACCAGACAUUUUUAACGCGUGUCAUAUUUGCAGCAUGGAGACUUACAACUUAAGGGACCUGAGACACUCUCCUUGAAUGCGCCAAGACUGCCGCGGCAAAGGAUGGGCCCUUUUCUCCCGGCGAUUUGCGUCGUGCUGCUCGCCCUGAACGCCGCCGUCUCACCGGCCUCUGUCGGCCCUGAGGACUAUCCCGCCGCGGAAGAGGCUGAGAGAACUGCCAACAAUGACAUCAUUUUCGAUGACUACCGAGGGAAAGGCUGCGUGGAUGACAGUGGCUUUGUGUACAAGCUCGGGGAACGCUUCUUCCCUGGCCACUCGAACUGCCCGUGCAUGUGCACGGAGGACGGACCUGUCUGUGACCAACCCGAGUGCCCUAAAAUACACCCCAAGUGCACCAAGGUGGAACACAACGGGUGUUGCCCCGAAUGCAAGGAGGUCAAAAACUUCUGCGAAUACAGAGGGAAGACUUAUAAAAUCCUGGAGGAGUUCAAGGUGUUUCACCUACAGGGUCCCCCAGCAGCCGUGGAAGGGAGCCACUCCACCGCCGCAUCCCCAGCCACUUCUCAGCUGCAAGCAAGAGACCUGAGCUAUAUGCCUUCGCCCUGUGAAUGGUGUCGCUGCGAGCCAAAUAACGAGGUGCACUGUGUGGUCGCUGACUGUGCAGUACCAGAGUGCGUCAACCCAGUGUAUGAGCCAGAACAGUGCUGCCCCAUCUGUAAAAACGGUCCAAAUUGCUUCGCUGGUACCACAAUCAUCCCAGCUGGCAUUGAAGUGAAGGUGGACGACUGCACCAUCUGUCGGUGCCACAGCGGGGACUGGUGGAAGCCUGCGCAGUGCUUGCGGCGGGAGUGCCUCAACGGUCAGCCGUCAUCAUAGAAACCCUCCGGAGAUGAAGAGAGGGACGCCGAUGCGAUGUGCUGUCAGCGGCCCACCUUGUGACAGCGAGAGACUGACUGACUGGCAGGAGCACAAUUCCACUGGCAAACUGAGACGGCUGGACAUGCUGAGAUACAUGGGACAUGGACUCGACAUAAUGUACACUCAAACACACACACACACACACACACAAAAGUCCUUGGCAGAAUCAUAAGUUUGUCUUUCACUGAGAACACAUUUUUCUCCUGUGAUG